UCCCCAGUAUAUAUUGUCCAAACGGUCUCGCCCGGUUUACCAUAGUUUCACUUUUCAUUUCGCCCCACAUGAUUUCGCGGAACUUGAAAUAGGUUUCCAGUGAUCUUCCCCUGAUUGUAGUGCACAUCAUACCCGAAUAAUGAGUAACUCCGACGACAGUCUGAUUGCGAAUGGAAAGAUGGAUCAUGGCGAUGAAGAACAGACACUGUCUGAAGCAAAGGAAGAGCUGGAGCAAUGGAAGAUGAAACUUGAAAAGGCAGAGGAUGAAAAAUCCAGGCUGCAGUUGGCAAAACUCAGCGCAGAAGAUGAAAAGAAAGCAGCUCAAAAAGAUAUGCUCGUACUUCAACAGCAGGGGGAGCAGCGUAUGGAGGAGUUCACUGAAACCCUCAAAGGAAUAAAGGGGGAAAUCUUGAGACUUAAGAAAGGUAAUGAGGACCUGAUGAAGAAACUGGUGGAAAGCCAGGCUCUGCUACAAGCUAAGAGGGCAGAGUCUCUUCAACUUCAGCAGAGGUUUAAGAUCCAUGCCCAGAUCCCUGAGAAAAAGCUGAAGUUUACCAAUAAGAUUGAGAAAGAGGACAGUGAUAAUGGUGAUGAGCACAUCAAGGGGGUUUUCACCAUUACCCAGCGACCAACAGUAAUCCUGAAGGGAGGGCAGGCUCUCAUCACCUUUGAAGAGGAGACAGUGGCUGCCCACAUCCUGAAGAUGGCCAAAUGUACUGUGUCCUGUGACAAAGACAAGGUGGACGUGAAGCCCAAAUUCCUUACACUGGAUCCUUCUGUCAAGUUUGAGGUUCAUCUUGACGUCUCCACAAAGGCUGUCAACUUCUCCAAUAUCCCGCCUUCCAUGCAAGAGGAGCGGAUGAAAGAUCGUCUGGAGAUCAGCUUCUCCAAGCCCAGCCGAGGCGGGGGCGAGUUGGAGAGGGUCGACUAUGACAUGGACACUGGGAGAGGACAAAUUACCUUCCUCAACACAGGAGUUGCUGAGAGUGUUGCUUUGAAAGGGAAGUUCUGUGUGGAUGUUGACCGCGAGGUGAAUGUCAACGUUAGCCUCGUUUACAGUUACAAGCUGAAGAAGUUUCAGACGUUCUGUGGCAUUCCGAGACGCAGCAUAAUUCUGAACGACAUAGAAGACGUCCAGGAUGAGGAGGACCUUCAGGACCACCUAGAGAUUCACUUCCAGAAACCCAGUAACUAUGGCGGCGAGGUGGAGUGCAUUAAAUACAUCUCCAGGGGCAAGAAGAUUAAAGCAUUCUUCAGCGAGGACACUGCUGAGAUGGAGGCAUAACAUAACCUUAACAUCCAAGUGAAUAUGCAUGAGAUUAAUGUCUCAUCAGUGCUGGGACAUUGAUCAUCCUUUCCCAUUAAACUGUAUCCCCACUGACACAGAGCACAUUGUGAUGGCCGAUAUCUUGAUGAAGAUAUUAUUGUUGGACUGUCUGUCUACGCUCUCUCACUCAGGGAGAGCUGGGUCGAACUAGCGUGAGUGCAGUGUCAUUUGGUUACAUUGCUCUUAUGUCAAAUAAUAAUGUAUUUGAUAAGCCUUUAUUAAAUAAUUAUUAUCUACGUCUUUAACGAAUAUUCUGUUACAGCGAAAACAACAUUGGAGAACCUCAAUUGAUUGUGGUACAGGCCAUAUACAUUUUUGGGGAUAUAUGUCAGUUGUGGCUUAACAUUUGACCUUUUUGACAUCCCCAAAGCUGGCUUGUGCUUUUAGUCCAUGAUCCAUCCAUGGAAAUGUUAGAGAAGGUAAACUUUAAAACCCACAAAUGACAUUUAUCACAUUUUACAUGAUAUUUAAUUGGGGUUUGCCAAUAUUGUGUUUUGCUUGUGACAGAACAGUAAUUUUACACAAUCAUUAUUUCAAGUUCUAUUAAAUUAGCUUAUUGUGGUGAUAGCAUUAUAACUGAUUUAGAAGUCUUCAAGUUUAACAAGGACAUGAUAAUGCAUUUUGCAGUGGCAUAAGUUUAGAUUAAAAUAUUAGAAUGAUCAAAUGCAUCCAAAACUAGAAGGAUGCAAAUUUAAUUGUUUGAAUCUCAUUAUGUUAUUGUUGUUUUCUGUGUCAGGGAUCUUUGUGGUAAUUAUUCAGUCUUUAAAUAUAUCUGAAUAACACCAUUAUUUCUUUACCCCAGCCCAUCCCAAUAAAUAUACAGAAAAUCAA